AUGUCUCGCCGUGUUAUACUCCGUAUCCGUAAUCUGUACUCUGCACGAAUUAUUCGUACAUCAAGGACGAAGCAGGUGGGCGGCGGCCUCGGAGCGCCGUGUUACCGCAAGACUACUCCGUCCAAAAGCGGGGAGAGCAAAGGGAUAUCCACACUGGCGGAGGAUGUCUCAAAACUAGAGUCAAAGAAAGACAAUGCCAGUGGCAACUUUCAAGGUGGCCAGGGCGUGACGGCGCUGGUCCUUACCCCUGGAACGUUGGCUAGCAGGAGGCCCGGCUUGCCUGGAUAG